GACGCCGCUGAGCUGCUGAGGAGGAGGAGGAUGGACUUUGUCUAGUUACUUACUUCGCAAAGAGGACGACGACAACAACAUGGACUGCCUCGAAUACCAACAAGAAAACUACUAAUAAUAGCAAGAAGAAGAAGAAGAAGAAAACUACUAAUAAUAGGAAGAAGAAGAAGAAGAAAACUACUAAUAACAGGAAGUAGAAGAAGGAGGAGAAGAAGAAGAAGAAGAAGAAGACUAAUAAUAAUAAUAUUAAUAAUAAUACUAAUAAGAGGAGGAGGAGUAGGAGGAGUAGGAGGAGAUGGAUGUGUAGUUGAUCGGAGGAGGAUUAGAAGAAGCCCCGAUGAGAGAUUCCAUGGCGUCCUUCCAUCCCUUCCACGCUCACCGGCCUGACUUCCACAUGUCCGCCUUCCUCGCGGCCGCUCAGCCUUCCUUCUUCCCGGCUCUGGGUCUCCCUGGCGGGCCGCCGCUGGGCAAGGUGGAGCAGCACCACCACCACCAGCAGCAGCAGCAGCACGGCCUGGCGGGGCCGACGGACGGCGGACUCCUGCCGGCUCUGGGCCACCAGCAGCAGGCGGCGGCACAUGUGCACCUCCGCGGCAUGAAGAGGCUGCAUGAGGCCGAAGAGGAGCAGGUAGAAGUAGAAGACGAUCCUAAAGUCACGCUGGAGGCCAAAGAUCUGUGGGAGCAGUUUCAUCUGCUGGGCACCGAGAUGGUCAUCACCAAGUCUGGAAGGAGAAUGUUCCCUCCGUUCAAAGUGCGCAUCAGCGGGCUGGACAAGAAGGCCAAGUACAUCCUGCUGAUGGACAUCGUGGCUGCGGAUGAUUGCCGCUACAAGUUCCACAACUCCCGCUGGAUGGUGGCCGGCAAGGCAGACCCGGAGAUGCCCAAGAGGAUGUACAUCCACCCGGACAGUCCCGCCACCGGGGAGCAGUGGAUGGCCAAAGCUGUGGCCUUCCACAAACUCAAACUCACCAACAACAUCUCUGAUAAACACGGAUUUACCAUCUUGAACUCCAUGCACAAAUACCAGCCCAGGUUCCACAUCGUGCGAGCCAACGACAUCCUGAAACUUCCUUACAGCACCUUCAGGACUUAUGUCUUCCCUGAAACUGAGUUUGUGGCCGUCACUGCUUAUCAGAACGACAAGAUCACGCAGCUGAAAAUCGACAACAAUCCUUUCGCCAAAGGCUUCAGAGACACUGGCAACGGAAGAAGAGAGAAAAGGAAACAACUGUCACUGCCAUCAUUGAGGAUGUUUGAUGAGUGCAAAGGUGAUGUUGAGGCUGCAGAUUCGGAUGCUUCCAGUGAUCCAUCCAACAACAUCAACUCUCCUCUGGGAACAUCCAACAGUCCUCACAACUUCAACUCCAGCCAUCAUGAAGAGAAGGUGUGCAGUGACAGUGAUCAGGAGUUGGAGCAUCAAGAAGAAGAUGGCUGCACCACCACCACCACCUCCACAUCUUUGAGCGCAGAAGGCGCGAUGACGUCGUCGAGACGUGAGGACGCGAUGACGUCGAGACGCGAGGACGCGAUGAGGUCGUCGAGACGCGAGGACGCGAUGAGGUCUUUGAGCAAGAAGGAGGAGAAGUGUCGGAGCGCGGAGAAGGACAAAAGUGUGAAGGACAUCAUGUCACCUGUGAUGGUGCAGACAGAAAGCCCCGCCCACUUCAGUCACCUGCAGAGUUUGGCGCUGUCAGGUCUUCACCCUCAGCACUUCUUCAGCCCUCUCAACGCCUCCUUCUUCCACCCGGGACAGUUCGCCAUCAACCCCGCCGCCUUGUCCGCCAUCAACAUGCAGCACCUGCUGGCCUCCGUGUCGGGCAGCCAGGUGGCGGACAACGUCUCUCCGGGAGGCGGGGCCACGCCCAACACCUUCCCUUUCCACCUGUCUCAGCACAUGCUGGCCUCUCAGGGCAUCCCCAUGCCUCCACUAGGUGGCAUCUUCCCCUACUCCUACUCCUACAUGGCGGCGGCAGCAGCAGCGGCGGCGGCGGCGGCGGCGAGCAGCAACUCCUCCGGUGCGCUGGGCAGGAACCCCUUCUUGGCGUCCUCCCGUCCUCGUCUUCGCUUCAGUCCUUACCAACUUCCUGUGCCCGUGUCUCUGCCCGCCUCUGAAGCCUCCAAGGCGGGCAGCCCAGAGAGCAGCCCCACUCUGCGCCGCCAUGACGCCUCGCCGCCAAGUCCUGGCAGAGAUUCCAGCAACCAGCUGCACAACAUCCAGAGACUGCUCAGCGGCCUGGACGCUCACACAGAAACUUCCUCACCUGCACACUCGCCCUAGUCAGCACCUGCACACUCUCCCAGCUGAUGACCUCACACUCUACCAGCUGAUGACCUCACAUUUACCAGCUGAUGACCUCACACUCGCCCUAGUCAUCAUGACCUCACACUCGCCCUAGUCAUGACCUCACACUUGCCCUAGUCAUCACCUGCACACUCUACCAGGUGAUGACCUCACACUCUACCAGGUGAUGACCUCACACUCUACCAGGUGAUGACCUCUGACUGGGACGCCAUUUUACAAUGAAGAAGAAGAAAUACGCCACUUGCAUCCUCCAGCAGCAAGGACUCAUCCACCACCUCAACAACAACAUCAACAACAUCAUCAACAACAACAUUAUCAACAACAACAACAUAAUCAUCAACAACAUCAAUAACAACAUAAUCAUCAACAAUAACAUCAACAACAACCUCAUCAACAACAUCAACAACAUCAUCAACAACAACAUUAUCAACAACAACAUAAUCAUCAACAACAUCAAUAACAACAUAAUCAUCAACAAUAACAUCAACAACAACCUCAUCAACAACAUCGUCAACAACAACAUCAACAUUGUCAACAACAACAUCAUCAUCAACAACAACAUUAACAACAACAACA